CGCCACCUCCUCCCUACACGCCUUCUCCUUCGCCCUUCUCCUUCUCUCUCUUCUUUCUCUCUCCUCCGUUUUCGCAGGCCAUCGUGAACCAAGGAAAAGCCGUCAACGCCCAACAUCUAGAUCGCUUGUUGUUAGGGGGGUUCUGCUAAAUUCGGCGUGUGUUUUAAGCGGAGCCUCCUCGUUGCUUUUCCCUUCGGUUCUUCCUCUCCGGUAAGAAUCCUGUUUUGUGCGUCUCUCUCUCUCUCUCUCUCUCUCUCUCCGGUGCGCGUCGGUUCGUGUCCCUUGAUGUUCUCCUGAUCUUAGCGGCUUGCUGAGGUCUUCCGGGUCCAUUUGCGGUUGUGAAACGAAGCUGUGAAGGUUGGAAAUUUGGCCUCUGUUGUUGGAUCUGCGGAAAAGGUUUCGUUUUUCUGCGUCUCUUCCUUAUUGGGUAUUUGCCCCUUUUGGCCGCUGCGCGUCCCGAUGGAUGAAGAAUGAAUUUCUGGGAUAGAUUGUAGCUCCUCUGCCUCUUUCUUUCGUCCUUGCUCUUGUGUAGGUUUCUUAGGUUCGAAUUUGGUCGAUAUUUUGAUCAUCUGAGCUUGAUCGGAUGAUCAGAUUAUAAAUUAUGGUGAUUUCCAUGGAGUUGUAAGGGAGAAACUUUGUGUAAGUCGAUUUAAAGCGUAAAGCUUUAUUUAGACUCUUCGACCGUAGACAAAAGUGUUGGCAAGAUGUCAUCCGCCGGUGUUGCGGUGAGUCUUAUCCGCAGUGACUCUUUCGUCUUCCCGAAUCUGUUUGAUUCCCAAUGGAGUGUGCCCACCGAAGAGCCGAUAUUGGUUUACGUCGCUGUCUCUGGCUCGAUGAUACCCAUGCGGGUGCUAGAGACCGAUUCGAUUGAGUCCGUGAAACUGCGGAUCCAAUGCUGUAAAGGCUUUGUCGUGAGGAAUCAGAAGUUGGUCUGUGGAGGCCGAGAACUCUCGAGGAAUAAUUCUCUAGUUCGGGACUAUGGUGUGGAGGAUGGGAAUGUGCUGCAUUUGGUUCUCAGGCUUUCAGAUCUCCAGGUCAUCCAUGUGAGGACGACAUGUGGGAAGGAAUUCACUUUCCAUGUGGAGCGGAGCAAGGAUGUUGGGUAUGUCAAGCAACAGAUCGCUAAGAAAGCUAGAGGUCUCAUUGACUCUGAUGAGCAGGAAGUUGUUUGUAAUGGAGAGAGAGUCGAAGAUCAGAGACUUAUUGAGGAUAUCUCUAAGCAAAACGGCGCGGUGAUACAUUUGCUGUUUCGGAAAUCUGCUAAGGUUAGGCCUAGGCCUGUUGAGAAGAACUUUGAAUUGUCUAUUGUAGCAACAGAAUUGAAUGAUAGGAGAAAGUAUGAUGCUGGCAAAGAGAAUGACCAGACACAAGGUGGUGUUAGGGAAGAGUGCUACAGGAAAGAGGGUGAAUUUGAUACAGAUGUGGUCACAGGGAAGUCUCCAGAGAAAAAAUUCUACUUGGAGCCAAUUCUUGUUAACCCCAAAAUUGAAUUGUCUUCUUUCAUCUGGGAUAUGAUCAACUCAUCUUUUGAGGGACUGGAAUGUGGGUAUCAGCCAGUAAGGUCCAUGGAGGGUACAGGAGGAGCUUACUUCAUGCUAGAUUCGUUUGGGCAGAAGUAUGUUUCUGUUUUUAAGCCAAUUGAUGAGGAACCCAUGGCUAUCAACAACCCUAAUGGUUUGCCUUUGUCUGAAAAUGGUGAAGGACUAAAAAAGGGUACAAAGGUUGGAGAAGGAGCCUUUAGAGAAGUUGCGGCUUACCUAUUGGAUCAUCCAAAGACUGGGCACCGCACGUUAUAUGGCGAUGCAGAAGGUUUUGCUGGAGUUCUGCCUACUGUAAUGGUCAAGUGUUUGAAUACAGGAUUUAACCAUCCAAACAAUGUAAGUAUGAAGAUUGGGUCCUUGCAAAUGUUCAUGGAGAAUAAGGGCAGUUGUGAGGACAUGGGACCUGGGGUGUUUCCUGUGAAUGAAGUCCACAAAAUCUCUGUUUUGGACAUAAGAUUGGCUAAUGCAGAUCGGCAUGCUGGAAAUAUUCUCUUGAGUAAAGAGGGAGCCAGUGGCCAACCACUGUUGAUUCCAAUCGAUCACGGAUACUGCUUACCUGAAAGUUUUGAAGAUUGCACAUUUGAUUGGCUGUACUGGCCACAAGCUCGCCAGCCUUACUCCCGUGAGACAAUUGACUACAUAAGAUCUUUAGAUGCUGAAGAAGAUAUUGCCCUUCUGAAAUUCCAUGGCUGGGACCUUUCCAUUAGAUGUGCCCGUGUACUCCGCAUCUCAACAAUGCUGCUGAAAAAGGGAGUAGAAAGAUGCCUCACUCCCUUUGCAAUUGGGAGCAUCAUGUGCAGAGAGACCUUGAAUAGGUGGUCCAUCAUUGAGGAGAUUGUUCAGGAAGCAGAAGAAACUUUGCUCCCUGAUAGCAGCGAAUCUGCGUUUCUUGAUGCUGUAUCCCAAGUGAUGGAUUGCUACCUCGACGAGAUUGCCGGUCAUCAUCCCGGAUACUCGAGUAGUUGUUGAUAUGUACUGACCAUACGACGUUGUACAUAUGUAUGUACAUGAGGACAAGAGGGUCCUUUCAUCGUUUACUUGUAACCGUUUGUUUCACGGUUCUUUCGUACUUCUUUUGUUUCACUGUAAGUGCACACAGUUCGUGUCCUUGAACUGUAGGUUAGGUGCUGACUAAGAUUCUUUGUCAUUAACUGAUUCAUUGCUUUCUGGAGU